AGAACGCGCCUGCGUUCUAAACGGCUGGGUGCGUCACAUCCGUUUUUGCCUUCGGCCGGGAGGAGAAGAUGAUUCCCCCGGUGGAGGUUUCCCCGCUGAUCAAGUUCUGCAGAUACUCCGCACUGCUGUUGGGAAUCAUUUAUGGAGCAAGAAGAUAUGCUUAUUUGAAGCCUAUCGCUGCAGAGGAUAGGAGAAUAGAAGCAGAGGAACGAGCAAAACAGGAGGAAUUGAAAAGAAUUGCAAAAGCAUUGGAAGAAGCUCAAGAAUCAAUACUGAAAUAAACCUCCUCGGUCCUCAUCUUUAUCUCCAGUGCUUGAAAUGUUGAGGCAGAUAAUUCUGAAUGGCUAAAAUACAUUUAUUUACUUCAGUAAAUAGACAUUCACGACAAUGUUGAUUUCCUUAAUGUGUAUAGUGCUAAUUAAAAAAGAA